AUGCUCAGUCACAGACAGAGACAGAGUGGAAACCUCAUGUCAAGUCUCCUUCUGACCCUCAGAGCAUCAGCAUUUUAACAGAUUCAUUGUGUCCCUGCCACACACUAGGCUCUCUGUCUCCAGAUAACGAUAUCGAUGGCAGUCAUUCUUCUCAAUAUCUGAUUCCCAGGAACAAAAACUUGGCCUCAUCACUACUACUCGUGUUUUGGAGUCAGGGGAAGUGUGGCACAUGGACACUGUCAGGACGCACACUUGUCAUUGAGAAACUUUUUUUUUUGUGCCACAAAAAUCAUUUUCUUUUCAAGCAAAUCUGUAUUUUUUGUUAUCGCAGUAUUUUUUUUUCCAAGGAUGCUCGUCUCUGCAUGGAAUAGAUGCUGUGUUGUGAUGUUUCUCGUCGCGGCGCUGAGGACGGGGGCGUCCCAGGUAUCAGAGACGCGCCCGAAGGCGAACUCCAUCAAGCCGGGUUUGGUGGACGAGGCACCCACACCCGCUACCAACCAGUCCUCCACUGUGCACAUCGGGAUCACGAAGAAACAUCAUAUCCUCACUCAGCAGGUGUAUCCGUGCAGCAGUGACAAGGAGUGCACAGUGGGCAGCUACUGUCACAGCCCUCAACAGGCUCCCUCACGCUGCCUCACCUGCCGCAGAAGGAAGAAGCGCUGCCAUCGGGACGCCAUGUGCUGUCCUGGGAACCGCUGCAGCAACUAUAUUUGUGUCCCUAUCUCAGAGAGUGUGCUCUCACCUCACAUCUCAGCGUUAGACGAGCAUUACAAACUGUCCACUAAAGACCACAACUGGAAGAAGAGCAGCAAAGCACACGCUAAGCAUUCUCUUAAAGGUAAGAUCAGACUGUGUAUUCCUGACGUUAUGUUUAAAACAUGUCCACCAGAAUCCUCACACUGUCACUGUUGUCUUUUCUCUCAUCGUUCAUUCUCACCGAACCUGGUCUGGGUGGCUGAAUCUUUCUGUUGUUCACAGUCCUACAGAGUUCAUGGGCGACGCCAGUCCACAAACUACUUUGAUAAUUACCUCUCUGCUCAUAUGUCAGUGUCUUUGAACCCAAAGCGCAGCAUGUCGAGCCCAGAAGAAACCACAAUGCCCCUGCUGUUUCUGCACCUACAUAAAGCUGUACAAACACUUUCACUGACAGCACCUAUUGUGUGGUACACAAGUGAAAACCACAGAAUGCAGAUUUGGCAUGAUUAUAGCUAAUAAUGCAGUGAGACCCCUGCUUAGCGUGAUUUAAGGUAAUAUGAGGACCUGCCCAUAAAGUAAUAGACUUAACGAGACUCUUAAAUUACUCAACCCUAAUGCACUUUCAAGACAGCAGGCUGUUAUGCUAAAAUCAAUGUGAAAAUAGCAGUGGCAUUUUAAGUUACUAUAAAUAAGGACAAUUAUUUCAUUUGUGCUUGACUCACUGCCUUGCCUUAAACGUUAUUACACUAUAAUGGCCUAACACAAAGUCGCUGCUUGAGAAAAAUCUUAAACCCACAGAAUCUGUGGUGUUGAAACUAAUGGACGAGCCGCAGUCCCUCGUGCUGACGGUUGUAGCUUCAUAUUGAAAUAACUAAUCAGUGUGUGGUUUUGUCAGGGAUACAGGACAACUGGUUUGAAUGAUAAAGCAGCCUUUGGCAAGAGAUGAUAUAUUUUUAAAAGUAAAAAAAAAACCCUGUAUGACUAAAUUGUACGAAUUAUACAUUUAUUGGAGUGAUAUUAAUUUCCUGCCAGGAAUAUCAGACAUACACCAGAUGGGAUUAAUAGUUAAUAUACAGGAUGAGCAACAUGCUUGCUUGACUCAUGUUGAAAGCUUCAUGUUGUCUCUUUUGUUUCUGACAUGGCCACACUUUAAGUGUAACUUGAAGAAGCGUCACUAAACCUCUCCAUAUGGUUACAGCUCAAUGAACAAUGAUUAUACAUUUCUUUGUCUUUAAACUCUUUAAAACUCUGAGAUGCUGGAUGGUUUCAAAUUUCACUUUUAUGAAUUUGAUGUAGCAUUUGUUUCUGUUUCCCUUUUUCAAGUCCUGCCAACUUGGUAUUCAGCUCAGAAUUUGUCUUUUGUUUGGUUCACCACUGAUCGGCA